UCCCUCUUUUCCCUGACAAGAAGGAGGUGUGGGGGGUGCCGGGCGGAUGGGUGCGGGCAGCAGAUAGCGGGCACUGGGCAGAGGAGAGAUGCUGCGGGUCAGCCUCUUGGUGCCUAAAGUGAACUGAAGCUGAACUCGGCUGCAAAGGUGGGAGUGGACUGGGCCAGGCGCCUCGCUUUACGGCCGUAUCCUGUGCUGCAAGUUCUGCUUCCUAAGGAGCUUUGGGCAUCUCCUCACCUGACAGUACUAGGCCCUGUGGACCCUGUGGAGUGGGGGCCCCUAUGCUGGUAACUGUGACCCCUGCAGGUCCCCCCAUCCAGGACUCUUCUCCUGCAUUAAGCAUUUGCAUGGGACUGCACCUCACCUGCCCCUGUUCACCCCCAGUUCUUCAAUGGACACGUCCAAGUGAUCAGCACCUGAUCGGAGUAAUACCUUAGGACCUUUGCAAACUUUGUUUUCUGCAGGAGUAGUAGCCUGCAUUGCAGCACUGGCGGAUUCCAGAGGACCCCCACAAUUCCGGAUUCCGGAGGACCCCCACAAUUGACGGUGACCAUAGUACAUGUGCUGGAUUCUGUAUUGCAAGGAGUACUCACUUUCUCGGACUUGCUAUCGGUCAAUGAAUUGCAGUGCAUGGGCACGAGGCUCCAUACACCAAGCUUCACCUAUGGAUCGCUUCAAUGGAGCCCCUCAGAUCUCUGCUCUCCCUGCCUGGCAGUAGCAAAGCCUCCUUCGGAGCCACAAGAGGAAUAGCCAAUGCAUCAGUAUUACCAGUGCCGUUGGUCGCCGAUGAUGAAGAAGAGCAGGAGGAUAGAGAGAGUACUCCCACUAGACAGGAGUUUUUGGAGGAGUACGAUGGGGGUGGUGGUGGAGGAGGAGGAGGUGGUGGUUCUGGAGAACAGCCUUCUGACUCCCUAUCUAACCCAUUGUAUUGGACUGCAGUGUUUGACUAUGAGGCUUCCGCGGAGGAUGAGUUGACCCUUCGUCUGGGUGACUUGGUGCAGGUGCUGUCCAAGGACUCGCGUGUGUCUGGAGAUGAGGGCUGGUGGACUGGGAAGAUCCAGGACCGGGUGGGCAUCUUUCCUAGCAAUUACGUGACCAGAACUCAGAGUUUCUCCAGUAAACUACAAGGAAAACGAGUGGAAGAGCUUCCCUGCUGUCCGGCUUCUGCUCUACAGUUACAAGAGAUUGACUUCAAUGAGCUGUUACUCGAAGAAAUUAUUGGUAUCGGAGGCUUUGGAAAAGUAUACCGUGCCAUUUGGGGAGAUGAGGAGGUGGCUGUUAAAGCUGCACGCCACGACCCUGAUGAGGACAUCAGUCAGACUAUUGAGAACGUCCGGCAGGAGGCCAAACUGUUUGCAAUGCUCAAUCACCCCAACAUCAUUGCCUUGAGGGGUGUCUGUCUGAAGGAGCCCAAUUUAUGUUUGAUCAUGGAAUUUGCCCGAGGCGGAUCAUUGAAUAGGGUGCUUUCCGGAAAGAAGAUUCCACCAAGUAUACUUGUAAACUGGGCUGUACAGAUCGCUCAAGGAAUGAACUACUUGCAUGAUGAAGCCAUUGUCCCAGUCAUCCAUCGGGACCUGAAGUCCAGCAACAUUUUAAUUCUGGAAGUGGUGGAGAAUGCCGACCUCAGCAACAAGGUCUUGAAGAUCACAGACUUUGGCCUUGCAAGGGAAUGGCACAGGACCACCAAGAUGAGUGCAGCAGGGACGUAUGCCUGGAUGGCUCCAGAGGUGAUCCGCUCCUCUAUGUUCUCGAAAGGCAGUGAUGUAUGGAGUUAUGGUGUCCUGCUAUGGGAAUUGUUGACUGGAGAAGUCCCAUUUCGGGGGAUUGAUGGAUUGGCUGUAGCUUACGGAGUUGCCAUGAAUAAGCUGUCCCUUCCAAUCCCUUCCACCUGUCCAGAACCCUUUGUAAGACUUAUGGAAGAUUGCUGGAACCCAGAUCCACAUUGUCGCCCCUCAUUUACAAACAUCCUGUUCCAGCUGACCACAAUAGAGGAAUCUGGGUUCUUCGAGAUGCCCAAGGAUUCUUUCCAUUCAUUGCAAGAAGACUGGAAGCAGGAGAUCCAGGAAAUGUUUGACCAGCUAAGGGCAAAGGAAAAGGAGUUACGGAGCUGGGAGGAGGAGCUGUCCCGGGCAGCCCUUGAGCAGAAGAACCAUGAGGAACUUCUUCGAAGAAGGGAACAAGAGUUGGCAGAGCGAGAAAUUGACAUCUUGGAACGAGAACUAAACAUCAUCAUCCACCAACUCUGUCAAGAGAAACCCAAGGUUAAGAAACGCAAAGGCAAAUUCAAGAAGAGCCGUCUUAAGUUAAAAGAUGGAAACAUCAUCAGUCUGCCAUCAGAUUUUCAACACAAGUUCACUGUACAGGCUUCCCCUACCAUGGAUAAAAGAAAGAGCUUAAUAAGCACAAAGUUCAGCCCUCCUGCAAGUCCCACCAUUAUCCCGCGGCUCCGAGCCAUUCAGCUGACUCCAGGAGACUCAAAUAAAUCCAGAAACCGGAGCACUGGGGGCCAAAAGGAUGAAAGUGAAGACGAAGAGAAGAAAGAGUCGAAGAAAAAGUCUCGUCCUUGGGUCCCAGCCACUCUGGGUAGUAAAGACUCCAGCGCUGGCGAGGAUAGGAUAUCUCUAGAAAGUUCAAAGUCUUGCUCUUCAAGUACAUCAAACCAUGGGAAGCCGAUCAAAACUUCUGCUGCACCUGGGUUCACUACUGUGACUGAGACAGAAGCUGAAAAUGCUGCUGACCCAAUUGUGAACCAGGUGGAUGUCAAAGAUUCCCAAACACCCACUCCAAACAAAUCCUACCUCUGCAUACCAUUCCACAAAGGAGAAGAUGUGGAGGGACCUUUCAGUGAUACCAGUGACAAUCCCACACCUGUGAACUCUGCUACGAGCACUCCACAGCUUACUCCAACCAAUAGCCUCAAGCGUGGCUCUCAGCACAAGAGAUGUUCAAUGGUUCUCUUAGGCUGUGGAGCUCUUCUUGCCACUGUUGGGUUAGGCUUUGACCUAUUAGAAGCAGGUAAAUGCAACUUAGGUCAAGAUGAACCUGAACCAAAAGAAGAGAAGAAGAAAAAGGAGAGCUUAUUCCAGCGUGCCGCCCGUCCUAGGAGAAGCACCAGCCCACCAUCUAAAAAACUUUUUCGGAAAGAGGAUUCUCCAUCUCAUCCGGCAGAGCCAACAACAUCUAUCACGAUGCAGUCCCUGUCUUCCAUUUCUGAAUGUAAUUCCACUCGUUCCCUACUGCGCUCGGAUAGUGAUGAAAUAGUAGUUUAUGAGAUGCCAAGCACUCCCAUAGAAGAGCAGGCACCAGUUGUCUGCAAUCCAUUGGUGAACACUAAAAUUGAAACUUUUAAACGGGACCCCAAUCAGUCCCUUACUCCAACUCAUGUAACUCUAAACUCCCGAGCUCACCAAGAACACAGAAGGACCCCUUCCGAUGGUGCCAUUAAAGUCAUGCCAAUCAUUAGUAAUGGGACUUCACCCAAUAGUUGCUUAGUAAGCUCUUCAGGAUCGAGUGUUGUGUCCCCAAACCGAGAUCCACAUGAAGUUCCCCGUCUUCCUGAUCCUAAUUUGGUGUUCCCCCCAACACCACGGCGCUGGAACAUUCAGCAAGAUUCUACACUGGAAAGACCCAAAACUUUAGAGUUUGUUCCAAGACCCCGACCUUCCACCAACAGGCAAAGACUCGACUCAUGGUGGUUUGUAUCCCCAAGUAGAAACCGUGGGGAAUCCCCCGCUAAUAGUUCAUGCACUGAAACCCCAAGUAACAUGGACUCCUGCUUUGCUAGUAGCAGUGGGAGCACAGUGGAGGAGAGGCCAGGAUUCUCUGGCUUCAUCCCUGCUCAUGUGAUGCACCCUGUAGCUGAACGAACACUACUAGACGUGGAUGUUGAAGGCCAGAGUCAAGAUAGCACUGUUCCGCUAUGCAGAACCAAACAUAAAACCUACAAAACAACAACCUGUGAACAAAAACAUGAGUUCUGGUCUUAAAGUGGCAUGUCUGUCUGCAGCCAGCAGAAGCGUGACCUGAUCGCGUAUCUUGCACUGAAUGCACUUUGAGGAUUCAUAAGAUCACUGGAAGGCAAUAUGAAAUUUAGUCAUUAUGCUGCUCGCCCUGAUUAUCCUUAAAUGCGCCUUUUCAUCCCGAAGACUUUGCAAUACUUUAAUAUUCAGAAACUUCAACAAUCCAACAAGCACUCCUUUCUUGGAUUUUAUUUUAACUUCCCCUAGAUGGAAAAAAGAUCUAAAACAAGUAUCCAAAAUUAUUUUAUUUUUUGUCCGUCUGUCGUUAUUUUGUUGACAUUCCACUUUUUUUUCUCCAUUCAUUCCAGUCAAACACUGUCCUGAUUCUUUUUCAUGUUAAGGAUUGUUUUAUGUCUUCAAUGAUAUAUGCAAAUGUUUGCCCUUCUAUGUAUUUAUUGUGGUAAACUUCUGAGAAAGUGACCUCUAAUGUUCAUCAGUAUGUAUAUUACCCUCCCAUGCCUUUUUAUAUUGGCAAUACUAAUGCUGUAUCUUAGUAUCAAACCUACACUUUGACGCAAAACAAAAAAAAAAAUUGUUACAUUUUGUGUAGCCUGAGGCUUUGACAAAAUUGCUUGUCUUUGGCAAACGUAUCGUAAUGCUGUUGAAAAUUAUUCUCCAUAUCUGCAUGAUUUUCCUAUUGUUUAAAUACCAGAACGUGCCAUUUAGUUUUUUUGGGGGGAGGGGGUUUGGGCUUUCUAAGUAAACCCUGAACUCCUGAAAAGAAUUGCAGUGCAAAGCUAUUACUAGAAUACAGAAUGUUUGCAUAUAGCCUUGCCAGCAAAGUGUUGAAGAGAAAGCUUAGAUAUCGCUUGACCAGUCCCUAUCCAAUUUUCUAAUGUAGUUAAUAGAGUAGAAUAGUGGUAAGCAGCAUGCUACAGAGAUAAGUGAUGGGGUUGGGAUUUCUGUAAUGCUGGACCUGACUGUUAAACAUAGUUUUACAGGAGUCUGUGAAUUAUAGAGCAUACGUGUGAUUGAAUUGACAUAAGGGCUUAAGAAAUGUUUGUCAUAGUCGCCCACACUGACCCAAUUUGGCUUUUCCCCUGGAAAAUAUUUCAUGCAUUGAAUUAUUUUUAGAUGUUUGAGGCUAAUGUUGAAAUAAGCACUUUUCUCACAUUGUCAUCUUUGCAUAGUUUUCUAUACUUGCACUGUUAAGGUGAACAUAUUUGUGUCUUAUUUAUCUUAUUUCGGGUUUACUCGUAGUUGGCCAGCAUUAAGCUUUAAGUGACCUAGCACCAUUCAGAAAUAUUCUUUUCUAAAAAAAAAAAAAACUGCUUCUAAUUUAACCAGCUCCUUCCUCCAGUCUCUUUUUUAUGAGUAUCUUUUAAGGUGUCCUUAUUUAAAGAAGCACUCCAGCAUUUUCUUUUAACGUGUUGUUCCAGUUUUAUCAACAUGCUGUAGAAAAAAAUAUAUAAGCUGAGCUGUGGUUGUUUGCUAUGGACAAAUCCUUUUUUUUUAUCUAAGACAGAAUGAUAAAUCUGGGUAAUAGUGCUUUUUUACCAGUGUAAUAUGUGUCAUCCCAGCUCAGUUGCAUCAAUACAAUUUGAAUAUUUUUCAUUAUGGGCACCUGUGUCAUGUUAUACCUGUUUGACUAUUAGCCAAGUGCUUACUUUCCUUAAAGUCAUUCUCCUCUUUGUGGAGUACCUCCUGUAAAGGACACAGCUCAACAGUAUCGGCAUCUAUCAAGUUUGCCUGACAGCUCUCCAUGCAUGGUUCUCUUUGGUUUCUCUGUAUGUUUUUUUUUGUGCCUAGGGAUAUAAUAUCUUUCCUACCUAAAGGACCAGCGGUGUAGUGAUAUAGUAGGUGAUUUCAUCCAUGUAUGAGUUAUACACCUCCCCUGACCCACACUGCCUGUCUCUGUUAUCUGCCAUAGCUAUGUGAUAGGAGUCCACUGCAGAUCUGCUACAGAGCUCAGUAGCUAUUAAUGCCCUUAGAUAAAAAUUAGCAAGUACAGUGUGAUAAGAAAGCCAGAUGAAAUGUAGGCUACAGGGCCACACUUAUGACUGGACUAGGCAAACCAAAUUAGAGGCAAAAUAUGAAACAAAAUGGUACUUCAACUAAAACGGGCAUAGACAAGAGCUUCUACAUUAUAUUUAAGAAUUACCUUUUUAUUAGGCAGAAAGGAUCUUUUUAAUCCCUUUAGAAACUCUUUAAUGAAUAUAUUAUAGAUGUCAUAAAUGCUGGUAUCUUUCCAUUUAAGUAGCAACGUUCUAAUGACUUAAACUGCUGCUGGAGACUUCUUCUUGAGAUGUCUUUUCAUGGUCCAUUACAGGCGGAUGCGUGUGCUGUCAGGGUGCAUUCACACCACGUUUGGGAUCCAGCUGCCGUAUUGCCAACACGUGGUGUGAAUGCACCCUCAGAUGGUUCUUCAUGGAAGCAUCCGGUCUUUUGAACUCUUUAGUUAGUCAAGCUCGAUGUUAUUGCAACUAAAAGACGCAAAUAUUGCGGUCCUUCAAUGUACCCUUUAAAACCGUAUAUGUACUUUUAUAUUCUGGUUAUGCCUGUUCUGUAUGAAAACACGCACAGCCUGAUAUAUAGCCUACAGCUGGAUUCAUAAUUCUGCUAGUUGUCGAACCAGUCCAUUUGCCAACAGAAACAUUCCCCAACUCAUGUUUUCUGUCUUUGACCAGAAUAAUUUAGGUACCUGAUGUUCAGUCUGCAGAAGCCAAAUCUGUAGGUCAAGAUCAGUACAGACACAGAGUAAGUAGGGAUUGCUUGGAGGAUUUAGGCUCGGCGGGCCAUCGAACUUCCACAUGGUGUUGAGGAUGAGAGUAGGCAAUAAUACAAACUUAUUUAGGAUGAGUAUAUGGUAAAUAAUAAAGAAAAAUAUGUAAAUUUAUACUUGUAUAGUAAAUAUAAAAUUCUGUUUAGAAGUGAGCCUACACUAAAGUGACUCAGAUGAGCAUCACUAAGAGAAUAUGGAUUGUGGCCGUGUUCCAUCAGAAGAAAAGUUUGGAUUUAAGUCAUCAGCCAUCACAUUAACUUCUACUUAUUGAGACUCUAAAAUCAUGUUUUCCCUUUGACUGCAGAAUGAAAAUUUAACAAUCAAUAUCCCAUUUACGACAAUUUAAUUAUCUUGAAUUAUCCAGCAAGGCAAUGAAAAGCGGCAUCCUAGUAGAUAUCCCUUCAUCUAUUGCUGUGGGCCAUUAUUUCUAGAUUGGUUUCUGCAAACUUGCUGCAUAUUUCUUCAUCUUUUUCUAAAUCCUCUCUUUUUCCAGUGACAGCAUAAUCCCAACUCUAAUUAUAGUAUUGACAUAUCCAUUGUUUUUCAAGCUGUCAAAUUUUAGCCGGUUUUUUAAUUCUUUUUUAGAAGUGUAAAACUAAACUGUCUGCUCUGUGGGGGUCUGCAACCUUAUGAUUUCUCAUAAAGAGUAUUAUCCACCAACAUGUAUUUAUCAGAUAUUGAGAUCUUAAUGAUGGAUCUUUUCUGAUGUCUGCUGCAUAAUACUGCAUAACAGUUGUAGCCAAGGAUUGUCAGGCGGUGCGUUUCUAGCAGCCAGUCUAACCUACGAGGGUUGUCUUCUCUGGAUGAUCUGCCGUAGUUAGAAGGGUUCUUUGACGUUAAAAUGAUCCCAGGGUGUUCUAUUGCUGGGACAUUUUGUGACUUGUGGUAAUCUCUAGAGAAAUUAAGAAAUUCUCGGUUCUGCAGUUCCACCGCUGGGGGGUUAAAAUAUUAGACCAUUUCCACAGAAAUGAGUGGUUUGUCCAUGUAAUGCUUGGACAAACUGGAUCCUCCAAUGCAAGAGAUUCUUCUUUUUUAACCUGUUUUUACUCUAAUAGAUGGCUGACUCCCCUGUUUCCUUACUGUCCUCCAAUAUCUUAUUUCAAAAUGGGUUUUUAAACCUGAUAUCCUAUUUAGGAUUACUCUGGGUUUCUUUGUUUGGGAUCCCCAACAAUAUGCUGGAGGGAGAUGCUGAAGUGUGGGGGUCAGCCAUUCAUCUACAUUUUCCGUGAAGGUGCAGUGGAUACUUUUAAAAAGUCUACAUUUCUAUUUUAACCACUUCUUCUUCUUUUUUUUUUUUUUAAGGUUUUUACAAAAAUCAGACCUUUAGCAGUGAGAGAUCCUUAAUUCUUAUUAGCGCCCCCAUAAUCUGUUCUGGAGUUGUUCAAAUAACAUUUAUUUAUCAAAAGACCACUUCAUUCUAAAAUAAAGUCUCCUAAAGAGCCCCUCUUUGUAUCUUGCAUGUUGUUCUUAGCCCUUAGUUAUUUAUGGAACAACUUUUUGAUAAAGCACUGGAUUUACAUUUACCACCAUUCUAUGCAGCAGACCCCUCAUUACUUAAGUGCUGCCUUAUGCUGAGAUUCUAGAAUUGAUCAGUUUGAAAUGACAGAACAUUAAAAAGUAUAACAUUGAGUGUAUCUUUUAAACUUGACAACUUUAACCAAACUUCUUUAUAGUUGUAUAUUGAUUUAUAAUGAUGGAACAAAUCUGAACACUCCUGUCCUUGCCUGCUCAGGAUGGAUCAUCCAGAUGUACAGCAUGGAAAUGAGUAAUACUUACCCUAGCUUGUAUAAUGUGUAAUUCUCAGUGGCACUGCCAACAAGUAAUUGCACCGAGCCUGGAGCAUGUAUAUUUCUGGUUUAGACUUUUGUGUCCUUUAUUACAGACACCAAACCACUUUUUGAAAUAUUUUUUUGGAAUGAUGGAGUGGGUUUUUAUCGGUCUGAAAGAAUGUGAAGUUUGUUCUAGUCUAAUUCAAGUCUAGGACCAUCUUUUAGUUACUAUGCAUAUAUAUCAAUAUUUUAACUUUGACAUGUCAAAGGGGUACUCCGGCCCGAAGACAUCUUAUUCUCUAUCCAAAGGAUAGGGGGAUAAGAUGUCUGACCGCGGGGGUCAUGCCCCCUCCCAUAGACUUGAAUAGUCAAGUCGUCAUGAUACUCCGGCCCCCUGGUCGGCAGUUUGUGAGCUGGCAGGGCGACGGGCAGCUCAAAGAGGUGGGUGCCGAAUGCAAGAUUGCAGGGGGGUCCCCAGCGGCGGGACCCCCGCGGUCAGACAUCUUAUCCCCUAUCCUUUGGAUUUGGGAUAAGAUGUCUUAGGGCCGGAGUACCCCUUUAAACUUGUAUCACAUGGGAAGACAGAGUUUGCAGGACGAAGAGGCAACAUGGUUGUAAAGACCUAUGUCCCUAUUUAUUUAUUUAUUUAUUUUUCUACCUACUACAAAGACAUCCAUGUAAAUUGUCAAUAUGAUAUUACUACAAUUCAGAAUGGUGUAUUAGCCUUCAUUCUAUCUCUGCCCCUCAAUAAUCCAAGCUAUUCUGUUUGUUGCCUAAAUAAAUGCAAACACCUGCCAUAUGUAUCCUAAUGGAUGAAAUUAUACCAACCAUUGUGUUUUUAGAAUAAUAUUCAUAUACUGUUAUGAACUAUAUCUUGCACGAGGGCUCCUAAAAGAUGAGCCGUGUCAGGCUGCAUGUACAAUAUGCUCAUCAAAUCUAGUUUAUGUUGGCUAUUAUAUAAUUGUGUAACCCAAAAAAGUUUUAACAUGAAAAGUAAAAACUUACAUUUUAAUUGUAGGCUAUAAUAGAGUACAGAGAGACCUGUGAAUGGAUGCAUUAUAAUCCUGCAUACAUUUUAGGAAAAUUCCAAAGACCAUAUGUAUGGUUUUGGUUUAGAAAAUGUCAUUUAAACACAGGUGGCCUUUGGCUUGAAACAUUAGGUCUUGAAAUACUUCUGCCUGACAAAGAUGACUGACUUUGUUCUGGAAGUAAAGCUACUAUAAAUGCUGUAAUGCUCAAUAAUUUGCUUUUGUGAAAAAACCUGGGAGCAUACAGUCCAGUCUAUCAAAAUCAUGUUAUAGAGCAGGAGGAGCAGAAUUAUAUAGUUUUGUGUAAAAUAUAAAUAAAUAAAUAAAUAGGUAAGAUACAAAAAAAAUUCAUAAAAUGUGUUAAUGGAAAUCCCUACUAGGGAUCGACCGAUAUGUUUUUUUUAGGGCCGAUACCGAUGUUCUGUGGAGAUUAGGGCCGAUAGCUGAUAUCUUAUACCGAUAUUCCGGUAUAAGUUAUCGGCUAUUUAUCCCCCCGCGACACCGCUGCAGAUCAUUGAUUUAAAGUGGGCGCUUUAAAUCAAUGCACUGCUGUGGCUUUUGCGGUGCCAUAGGCCGCCGCCGCCACCACCCGCUUCUCUCCCCCUACCUGUCAGGGUGGUCUGGGCCAUCCAUUCUUCCUGUAGUGUCCGGUGGCAUUCCGGGUGGAGGGU